CCAGAACCCGUUCUCUAUUGUACAGCGCCUGCGCCGUCGUAGAGGACGGAUCUGCGUGUCAUUUAUGCAAUGCUGGAGAUCUUUGGUAAAUACAUUUGUGCUUACUCUCAGGUACGGGUUCGUGGAGUUUGAGGACACCCGUGACGCAGACGACGCCGUGUACGAGCUGAACGGUAAAGAUCUGUGCGGGGAGCGUGUGAUCGUAGAGCACGCGAGAGGACCGCGGCGGGACCGGGAUGGAUAUGGUGGGGGUUAUGGGGGCGGCGGCGGCGGGCGCAGCAGUAGUGGUUAUAGCAGCAGGAGCCAUAGCAGAAGAGACAAAUAUGGACCUCCGGUUCGCACGGAGUACCGACUGAUAGUGGAGAACCUGUCCAGUCGCUGCAGCUGGCAGGAUCUCAAGGACUUCAUGCGUCAAGCUGGAGAGGUGACCUAUGCUGACGCCCACAAAGAACGGACCAAUGAGGGUGUCGUCGAGUUUCGCUCCUACUCUGAUAUGAAGAGAGCUUUGGACAAGUUGGAUGGCACCGAUAUCAACGGAAGAAAAAUACGUCUCGUGGAGGACAAGCCGAGACGACGUCGCUCCUACUCUGGGAGCAGGUCAAGGUCUCGCAGCAGACGGCGUUCUCGCAGCAGGAGCCGCAGGAGUUCACAAAGCCGGUCCAGGUCCAGAUCUCGGUCAAGGUCCCGCAGCAAGCACCGCUCUCGUUCCAGGUCUAGGAGAAAGUCUCACUCGAAGUCCCCGACAAAGUCCCGCUCCAGGAAGUCAAAGUCUCGUUCCCGCUCACGUACGCAGAAGUCACGCAGUCGCUCCACCAGCCACAAAUCCCGCUCUCGCUCCAAGAGCCGCUCCAAAACCAAGUCGGAGAGGGAUUCCAGGAGCCGCUCUAAGGAGAAGUCGGUCAGUAAGAAGUCCCGAAGCCGCUCUGCUUCUCUAAGGGAGAAUGGAAAUGGAGAGCGAGCCACGUCCACUUCCCGUUCACCGUCCCCUGAAGAGAACCGCCAUCAGUCGGAGUCGCCCGGCAAGCGGUCUGCAUCUCACUCUCCUUCACGUUCAAAGUCUCGUUCUCGCUCUCGGUCUGCCUCUCAAGACUAGUAUCUCGCCGAUUGCUUUGCACAGCAGGAAUGCGUCAUGCACAGAUCAGCGUUAAUCGAUCAUUCACAGCCUAUGAACAUUCACCAAAUGCUUGACGAGGCUGCAGCCCAGUGUAAUAUUGAUUACUGUGCUGUUUUCAACAUUGCAUGAAAACAAUUGCAUACCAGAGGUCGAGGUCCCCCCCCCCCCACACACACACAUCAGACGUGUCAAAUUAGAAUUAGUUUUCCUUUUUGUCAUUAGUUAUAAUGUUUUGUGCUUGUGUAAGCGUCGCUCAGGCCAUUGGUUGUAGUUGAUUGCUUUGGUAUGGGGCGUCUUUAAAAGGCUCUGUGUUUUUGCUUUUAGUGUGAGGUUCAAGGAGGCUGUAGCAAGUUAUAACCUAAAUUCGAUAGAAUGCCUACCUAUUUUUGCAGCUGGCUUUUUGUAGUAAACAAGAUGUGGUAGUUACAUCUAUCUAUUGGCUUCAUCUCUCUGUCGUCUCCACCAGUAAGCUGGUGUGUGGUGGGCGUUCUGGCGCACUAUGGCUGCCGUCGCAU